GAGCUUUGCAGAGAUACAAGGGGGGGACCUCUCUCUUGUUUUCUUUCUCUGUUUCUUCUUAUUUCGGACCUAGCGCUUUAUUUAAACUAGACAGUCUUUCUUCUUCCACCCAGUAUCGGAUUUAAAACCCCCCUUAGCGCAGCUUCAUUAUGCCACUUCUUUUCAAAAUAAACUGCUUUUAUCGCAAUUUUUCACCCGAAUCCCCCUCGUCUUUUUGUCAUCCACGCAGAAUUUAGCCCAGGUCUGACCCACUUUUGGUGGUUUUGCCUUUCACAUCAUCCCAUGUGUUAGUGCAAGACGUCAGUGGAGAUGUUUUCGGCAGGAGAGGAGGUUAAUUCCCAUUUGUUUACCUCACUGAAGGAGUCCCACGGAGCUGCAAUCUCCCCAACACUGGAGCUCAGUCUAACUACCAUCUACACCGUCCUCUACUCUUUCCUGUUUGUUUUCGUGUACCUGCAGCUCUGGCUCAUUUUGCACUACGGACACAAGCGCUUCAGCUACCAGAGCGUGUUUUUGUUUCUGUGUCUGCUGUGGGCAGCGCUGAGGACGACCCUCUUCUCUUUCUACUUUAAAAAUGUGGUGCAGGCCAACCAGCUGCAGCCUCUGGCCUACUGGCUGCUCUACUGCUGCCCCGUCUGCCUGCAGUUCUUCACACUCUGCCUACUGAACCUCUACUUCACACAGGUGAUGUUUAAGGCUAAAGCCAAGUAUUCCCCAGAGCUCAGCAAAUACAAGUAA